AUGCCUCUGCCUGUCCUGUCCCAGGCUGCCAACCAAAAACAGAUCCAGCAGCAGGCCUCUGGCCGGUCAGUGAUUCUGAAGCAGGGACAUCCCUGCCCACAUAGCUCUCCAGCAGACAAGGGCCCCAGCACUAAUCUGCUAGCCUGUCCUGUUUCCAGCUACAGGCCACUGAAAGAACCAGCACCAGGCCUCCUGCUAGCCUGUCCUGUUUCUGGCUGCAGUCCACACACAGACCAAGUGACAGGCCGCAGGCCAGCCAGUGAUUCUGAGACAGGUACAUCACUGCCCAGUUACCUCUCCUGCAGUCCCCUCCUCAUCGCCCACCAACUAGCCUGUCCUGUUCCGGGCUGCAGGCCACAGGCAGACCAAGUGGCACGCCUCUGGCCAGUCAGUGAUUGUGAGGCAGGGACAUCACUGCCCAUCUACUUCUCCUGCAGACUCCAGAACCAGCGCCCACCCGCUAGUCCUGUCCCUGGCUCCAGGCCACAGAUAGACCCAGCGGAAGGCCUAUGGUCAGCCAUUGAUUCUGAGGCAGGGAAAUCACUGCCCAAAUACCUCUCCGCAGACCACUGCCCAAGCGCCCACCUGCUCUGUAGUUGCAGGUCACAGACAGACCCUGCUGCAGACCUCUGGCCAGCCAGUGAUUCUGAGGAAUGGACAUCACUUCCCACCUACCUGUCUUACAGAACCCAAACCAAUGCCCACCUGCUAGAUAGCCUGUCCUGGCGCUGCCUACAGGCCACAGACAGAUCCAGUAGUAGACCUCUGGCCAGCCAGUGUUCCUGAGGCAGGCACAUCACUG